CGUUAUAUUUUAACAGUACCGGAAGUUGCAGAUGAUGCAGGAUUAGUCUGUUAACUCUAUUUCAACGUACCAAUAAAAUUACUAUGAAUCAAGAAGCAGGCACAGAUCUGAAACGCACACAUGGACAUGCAGUAUUGUUACGAAAAAGCUCAUCAAGUAAAAUGGCUCUUAAGGAGAAAGUUGUCCAAAUAUAUGAAUCUUUCUUCCAGGGUGAAGACCCUUCAGUGGGAAAUCCUAACUUUUGGGACGAGUUUUUCUUGCUCAGGCCAAAUAUUCCAUUCAUCGAGGGGGAAUUUGAUAAAGUCAGUGGCGAGGGCCUUAUGAUGUUGAAGGACAAUUUAAACACCCUGUUUUACAAAGCAGUAGAAUCUUUGAAGGAAGAUAAUGUCAUCAGAGUUGUCAAUGCCAUUUAUACAAUGUCAGCAUUAGUUCGUGGAAUAUACAGGAAGAAUUUCGGAGGUUUUGGCUUUGAUGUUAUAAAUAUCUUGAUUGGCUUUGAUGCCGCAGAAACAGUCAUGCAGGAAAUGGUCGAAAAUUUGAAUCACAUUCUGAAUGGAGAGUACCCAACUGCAAUAAAACAGCAAGUUCUCAAAUUCAUCAUGGUUUUAGCCACAGCUUGUGAUAACAUCAGUCAGAAUACCCUCCUGGAGUACCUUAUGAUCAACAGUGUGUUUGAAUCUAUCAUCCAGAUUCUAGGUAAUGUUGACCUGAGACUGGUACUAGGGGCUGAUGCUGUCCAGGUUCUCACUCUCUUAGUGCAGUACAGAAAAUACGAGUCUGCGAAUCCAUAUAUUGUGAAAUUGUCUAUAUUGGAUGAUGAGUUGGCUUUAACAGGAUAUGCCCAGGUUGUUCUAGGGGCUUUGUCAGACUUUAACAGGGAGUAUCAGUGCCGCAGCACUGAGGCACAGGCGGGAUGGUUCUCUGCUUUUGCCAGUAUGGUUGGCAAUAUGUUUGUACCUGACGAGAAACAUGUAUCAGCAGUGAGAGCAAAUGAUUUGGUGCUAUUGGCUUUAUACGAGGCCAUCCAUUUAAACAGAAAUUUUAUCACCGCCUUAACACAUACCCAUACGCCAUCAACACCUACCACUCCCCCCUCUUCCCCGACAGUGCCUAUGUCCAAUCCUCUCAAUGACCCGGCUCCUGCCCUGCAAAAUUUAGACAAAGCCCUUUUGGAGCAGUCAAGUCAUCCUACAAAUCUGCUGGUGACAUUUUUAGAGUACAGUUCUAUAGUAAUGCAGGAUACAAAAGAUGAAACAAGGCAUAGUAAUGCCAAACUUUGUCUAGUCAUAUUAACAUGCAUUGCAGAGGAUCAGUAUGCCAACUCCCUUAUGCAUGAUGUCAACAUAAACUUCCGAGUCAAACUACACAGAAUGCCAAUGAGACAUCGGAAAGUGAAAGUAGAAAAAGAUACCCCUUCUCGCCCCCUUGUUUGUGCUCUUUUAGAUUUAAUGGUUGAAUUUAUAAUGAGCCAUAUGAUGAAAUCCUUCCCUUUGGAGUUGUAUAAUCGAUGUUUGGGAAUCACACAGCGAGUCCUGUGUUACCAGAAGAAGUGUCGAGUUCGGCUCCAGUAUCCAUGGAAAGAACUUUGGACUGCUCUGAUCAAUCUUCUGAAGUACCUGUUGUCCAAUGAGUCCAAUCUCCUCAAGAAGCAUAAUAAUAUUUUCCAUUUGUCCUCAAAGAUUGUGAAUAUUUUCAACUUAUUCAUCACCUAUGGUGACACCUUCCUGCCAAAUCCUAACAGCUAUGAUGAACUGUAUUACGAGAUUAUCAGAAUGCACCAAGUUUUUGACAACCUCUACUCAAUGGCUCUGAGGUACACUACAAGUGAUGGAGAGAGCAAAGAGUCAGCGGCCAGAUUAACCAAUCAUCUUGUCAAUAUCAAGGCCAUCAUCAAUCAUUUUUCUCCUAAAGUGGACUCCUGGGCAGCUGCCAAUCAGCUCUCCUCCCUUACAGAGGAACAGGUUCUGGAUGUAGUGAGAGCAAACUACGACAGUCUGACAUUAAAGUUACAGGAUAGUUUGGAUCAGUAUGAGAGAUAUUCAGAAAAACCAAGGGAAAGUGCUUUCUUCACCACUCUGGUACGUUCCGUCGUGUCAGAUGUGCGGAAAAGUGUCAGUAAUCUGGCUCAGUAUCAUCACCAGGUGUUACAAAGUGUAGCUGAGAUGUAAACAGGUUGAUUUGUUAGACUUCUAUAUAAUAGAGCUGUGUAUUUAAUAGCGAUUCUCUGUAACCACUUAAACUUCUUUGCCACGCAUGGUCACCGAUUUUGAUGAAACUUUGCCCAUUAUUAUAACUUCACACCGGAAACA